AUGACUGACGCUCAGGAUGCUCAACGGUCAUACCCCUUCAGGCCCCGUAGAGCGUACAGUAACGACGCCUCUCUUACUCCCAACGAAGACAAAGUAGCAUUCAUGGAUGUGAACAUUCUUGACUCUACCGGUGCUCUGCCGUAUCGUGGAGAUGUACUGGUGAAAGGGGAGAGGAUCGUCAGUGUCGGUAAAAAGUUGGGUGAAGAGGAUAAGAAAGGUGCUAGAGUGGUUGAUGGUCAAGGAAGAACUCUCAUGUCUGGUUUGACCGACGCUCAUACCCAUUUCACAUGGACAAACUCCCCUUCUCUCGACGGUCUAGCCGAUAUGCCAGUAGAAGAACAUACUCUUUUCUCAGCUAGAUCAGCAUCAACUUUUUUGAAUUGCGGUUACACUUCUUGUCUAGGUGCAGCAUCCGCAAAAGCUAGAUUAGAUUUAGUCAUAAGGGACGCUAUAAACGCAGGUGAUAUUCCAGGUCCUAGAUCAUUAGCAUCAGCACAAGAAAUGGCUCCGAAAAUAGGUGCUUUGAUUCCUGGUAUUACUAGAUUUGUUGAGAGUCCUGAAGAAGUUAAAGAGGUGAUUGAGAAAUUGGAUGAAGGUAUAGACCAAAUCAAACUCAGUAUGUCAGGUGAAGAAAUAACAGAACAUCUCCGUGCGGAAGAUACAACGAUACCAGAUGAGAUAGUAGCUGCUGCUGUCGAAGCUGCACAUUCAAAAGGAAUGAGAGUUUGUGGACAUGCUAGAGGUGAUAAGAGUAUUUUGCAAUGUUUGCAAUAUGGUGUUGAUAUCAUAUAUCAUGCUUCUUUCAUCUCUGACGAAACGAUGGACGCACUUGAAGCUCAGAAAGAUAGAGUCUUCGUUGCUCCAGCUCUUAAUUGGUUGGUCGCUACUCUACAUGACGCAGCAGCUUUCGGAUAUCCUACUAGUAAAGCCGAAUCUGUAGGGUACGCAAGAGAACUCGAAAUAGCUUCAGCAGGAUUGAAAGAGAUGCAUCGAAGGGGUAUAAGAGUAUUACCAGGUGGAGAUUAUGGUUUCGCUUGGACACCUCAUGGUACAUAUCGAGAUUUAUCACUUUUCGUAAAACAUCUCAACAUGUCACCUAUGGAAGCUAUAUUAUCAGCAACGAAAUUAGGUGGAGAAAUAAUGCUUCAUCCUGAUGAAUUGGGACAAAUCAAAGAAGGUUUCUAUGCGGAUUUGUUGUUGGUUCAUGGGAAUCCUUUGGAAGAUAUCAGUUUGUUGGAUGGUGGGAAAGGUUUGGAUAUGGUUAUGAUUAACGGUCGAAUACAUAAAGAAAACCCACCAAAUUCAAAUCUUUGGAUAGACCCAACUCCCACUGAAUCUCUCGUGAGAGAAGCAGAAUCUCUUAAAUUAUUGGAAGAAUCUUUGGAUAGAUCCGACUCCAACUGA